UUGACCAGAACAAGCUUUUUUUAUGGUGUGGAAGAGUUCUCUUGUGCUGUAUUUGUACCUGUAUGUUGUACUUCAUUUAUUAAGCACACCCUGCCAUUCUGCAGUACAUUCUAAUUGACAUUCUGAAAAUUGCGUGGUGCUGAAGAAAACUUGUGAAGUGAUCUGAAUCUCACCACAGGAUGUACUUGAUAUUCCGCCCAGCUAUUGUGAAGGAAUGUAUUCAUCAGGUCUUGAUAGACAAAUUAUCGGGAAAGUCGUACGAUGCCGAGGAAACAACAGAGCUUACACGAUCCAUAUCAGAUGACAUCAAAUUAAAACUAAAAGAUAUAGGAUACGAUCGCUACAAGUUCAUAGUUCAGGUUUACAUCGGUGAACAACGAGGAGAAGGGGUGAAAAUGGCUUGUAGAUGCUUUUGGGACUCUGAUACUGACAACUAUGCGCAAGAUAUCUUUAUGAAUGAAAGUCUGUUUUGUGUCGCAGCUGCAUUUGGUGUCUUUUACUACUGAUUGAAAUAGGCACAGUACAAGCAGAGAGACAAUUUUCUCCUAUGAAGCUGGGGUUUUGGACACAUCCUGAUUGACUUCUUCAAAAUGGAUUUUACUUCACACUGAUGUGACAUAAAGCUGUAUCGUAAAGUUUACCAAAGAUUUGUGUUCAUCCAGAUUUUAUAAGUAUUUUCUGCAUGUAUUAAAAUGAGAGGGACAGCCCAAAUGCUACCAAAUGCUGUCCUCUCCACAUACUGAAGUCACUCGCUGCAUCUGAACUAUGAAGUAUAUCUUGGCUCUUGCAGGACAUGUAAAUUGUUGACAUUUUAGCCUGUUUUUCCUUUGUUACCAUCUUGUACAGUGUAUAACAAGCAAAAUUGGGACAUCAGAGUAGCAUCUAAAACAAUAUAUGUGAAGGAAGCCCGUGCUCUUUUACUAGAGUCAUACUAAUAUAUAUUUUCCAGCACCCACAUGAUUGUAACUCUCAUCCAUUGACGCAGUCAAUUUUGAAAAUGUCAACAAAAGUGAUUGUUUUCUUUUAUUGACAUGACUGAUUACAGUUCAUUAGUUUACAGUAAGAAGGCUGUUCAUAUAUGUUUUCUUUUAUUGACAUGACAGAUUACAGUUCAUUAGGUUACAGUAAGAAGGCUAUUCAUAUAUGUUUUCUUUUAUUGACAUGACAGAUUACAGUUCAUUAGGUUACAGUAAGAAGGCUGUUCAUAUAUGUUUUCUUUUAUUGACAUGACAGAUUACACUUCAUUAGGUUACAGUAAGAAGGCUAUUCAUAUAUGUUUUCUUUUAUUGACAUGACAGAUUACACUUCAUUAGGUUACAGUAAGAAUGCUAUUCUUAUUCGUUUCUCCACUUGUAUCUUGUACAGAUUCCAUCCUCAAGUUUAUGUUCUGAUUUGUUAUCUGUGACUCGUGUCACUUAUAGGCGAGGUGAACCUUGUAAUAUGUAUGUCCUCAUUUACAUUUUAAGAUUACCUAUUAAAGGGAUGCACAAUUGAUACUGUUUGUAUUAUCUGAGAAUAUACGGAAUUUUCUGAGCUAAACAUUGCAACAUCCGUUAUGCUUAAGUAAAUCUGCCCUUAAAACUUAGAAUGUAGGUCUGAACUUGCCUAUCCCUCAAACCAGCCAAUCAGUGAGGAUACUUUUGUAGUCUAUAUUUUGCAUGUGAAAAAAUUUGAAAACUACAUUUUGGUGUAACACACAUUUGACUGAUCAAAGAGCAUACAGGGAUGAAAAUAUGAAAAAUGAAAUAUGAAAAGUAUAUUAAUAUUGGACAAAAUUUAUGUUAUUGAUAUUUACAGACACUUUUUAAGUUCUGAACACGAAUUAUAUUUUUGUUUGUGGAAAAGCAAUUGUUCUGCCGUACAGUUUUUCCUUGUUUGCCCAUAAAAUGGGAAUAUUUUUCAAAAGGUGUGUCAGAAUGUGAAAUAUAGAGAAAAAGAAUUUCAGAGCAAAAAAGGCAAGCAUCAUAACUCUGAAGGGGUAUCUUUCAGUUGCUGUAUAGUUCCUAGCCUAUGUGCAGAAAUGAGCAUUAAUAGCCUUGUGGCCUGUGAAAUUAUUUGGGGCAUGUGUGUUAAAACCCAUAUUUAUUAUUUAGGUUAAAAACCAAGAUUGUAUAUAGGUAUUCAGUCAUAUACUGAUUUUCAAUUUGAUAAACCUACCUUUUUCUCUGUAAACCCACUGUCCAGAUGUUUUGAAAAUCUGUUAUAUGUGAGGGGAAGGGAGGAUAUUGUGAAAAACUAUGUCUUCAGCUGCAGAUGGUGAUAUCAAUGCCAUUACAAUGGUCAUAUAUCACAGAAGUGUGCCACUAGAUUUUGUACCUUUUUCUCGAUGUUGAAAUCUUAAUCAUACAUUUGUACAUAUAA